AUGACAUGUGACGGCUGCGUCAAGGACGUUUCAGACUCGUUGUACAAGCUGGGGGGCAUCACAAAGGUCGAGGCCGAUCUCAAGGACCAAUUGAUUUCCGUCGAGGGCACAGGCGCAGCUGUCAGUAUCCUCGAGUCUUUUGACCAAGUCGACGGUGACGUUGCUGCUGAGGAGCGAACCCGAGAGGUCCGGGGCCUCGCCAGAAUGGUGCAGGUAUCCCCAACCACAACCUUGAUUGACUUGACACUUCGCGGCGUCGCCCCCGGCUCCUACCGGGCGACCGUCCGUGAGUACGGCAACCUAGAGAGGGGCGCCUCAUCGACGGGCCCUGUCUGGUCGGGAGGCAGUGAAGGCGCCGCUGCCAAGGGGUUUCUGGGCGUCUUUGACGUCGGCAAGGAUGGUCGGGGCAGCGCGUACCUCGAUAAGCCCUUCCAGAUCUGGGAGAUUAUUGGCCACGCCAUGGUCGUCUCGAGACAAGAUGAGUCCGCGGGAGUUCUGAAGAAUGACCCGGACACACUGGUCGGCGUGAUUGCCAGGAGUGCGGGUGUGUGGGACAAUGACAAGACCGUAUGCUCAUGCACUGGCAAGACGCUGUGGGAGGAGAGGAAGGACGAGGUCCAAAAGGGCAUGUUGUAG